UUCUCCCGGCAUGCAGCGGGAGGAGGGAUUUAACACCAAGAUGGCGGACGGCCCGGAUGAGUACGAGAGCGAAGCGGGCUGCGUGCCCCUUCUCCAUCCAGAGGAAAUCAAACCUCAGAGCCAUUAUAACCAUGGAUAUGGUGAACCCCUGGGACGGAAAACUCAUAUUGACGAUUAUAGCACAUGGGACAUAGUUAAGGCAACACAAUAUGGAAUUUAUGAACGCUGCCGAGAAUUGGUGGAAGCAGGUUAUGAUGUAAGGCAACCAGACAAAGAAAAUGUUACACUCCUUCAUUGGGCUGCCAUCAAUAACAGAAUAGAUUUAGUCAAAUACUAUAUUUCGAAAGGUGCUAUUGUGGAUCAACUUGGAGGAGACCUAAAUUCAACCCCAUUACACUGGGCCACAAGACAAGGCCAUCUAUCUAUGGUUGUGCAACUAAUGAAAUAUGGUGCAGAUCCUUCAUUAAUUGAUGGAGAAGGAUGUAGCUGUAUUCAUUUGGCUGCUCAGUUUGGACAUACCUCAAUUGUUGCUUAUCUCAUAGCAAAAGGACAGGAUGUAGAUAUGAUGGAUCAGAAUGGGAUGACGCCUUUAAUGUGGGCAGCUUAUAGAACACAUAGUGUGGAUCCAACUAGAUUGCUUUUAACAUUCAAUGUUUCAGUUAACCUUGGUGACAAGUAUCACAAAAACACUGCUCUGCAUUGGGCAGUACUAGCAGGGAAUACCACAGUCAUUAGUCUUCUUCUGGAAGCUGGAGCUAAUGUUGAUGCCCAGAAUAUCAAGGGCGAAUCAGCACUUGAUUUGGCAAAGCAGAGAAAAAAUGUGUGGAUGAUCAACCAUCUGCAAGAGGCACGGCAAGCAAAGGGAUAUGACAAUCCAUCCUUCCUUAGAAAGCUGAAAGCUGAUAAGGAAUUUCGGCAGAAAGUAAUGCUGGGAACUCCUUUCCUAGUUAUUUGGCUGGUUGGGUUUAUAGCAGACCUAAAUAUUGAUUCUUGGCUCAUUAAAGGGCUAAUGUAUGGUGGUGUUUGGGCUACAGUACAGUUUCUUUCAAAAUCCUUUUUUGAUCAUUCAAUGCAUAGUGCAUUGCCCCUUGGAAUAUAUUUGGCAACCAAAUUUUGGAUGUAUGUGACAUGGUUCUUCUGGUUUUGGAAUGAUCUCAAUUUUCUAUUUAUCCAUCUUCCAUUCCUUGCCAACAGUAUUGCACUUUUCUACAAUUUUGGAAAAUCUUGGAAAUCAGAUCCAGGGAUUAUUAAAGCCACAGAAGAACAAAAGAAAAAGACAAUAGUUGAACUUGCAGAGACAGGAAGUCUGGACCUCAGUAUAUUCUGCAGUACCUGUUUGAUACGGAAACCAGUAAGGUCCAAACACUGUGGUGUGUGCAACCGCUGUAUAGCGAAAUUCGACCAUCAUUGCCCAUGGGUGGGUAACUGUGUAGGUGCAGGCAACCAUAGAUACUUUAUGGGCUACCUGUUCUUCUUGCUUUUUAUGAUCUGCUGGAUGAUUUAUGGUUGUGUUUCUUACUGGGGACUACACUGUGAGACCAGCUACACCAAGGAUGGAUUUUGGACAUACAUCACUCAAAUUGCCACCUGUUCACCUUGGAUGUUUUGGAUGUUCCUGAACAGUAUUUUCCAUUUCAUGUGGGUGGCUGUGUUACUCAUGUGUCAAAUGUAUCAGAUAUCAUGUUUAGGUAUUACUACAAACGAAAGAAUGAAUGCCAGGAGAUACAAGCACUUUAAAGUCACAACAACAUCUAUUGAAAGUCCAUUCAACCAUGGAUGUGUAAGGAAUAUUAUAGACUUCUUUGAAUUUCGAUGCUGUGGCCUCUUUCGUCCUGUUAUCGUGGACUGGACCAGGCAGUAUACAAUAGAAUAUGACCAAAUAUCAGGGUCUGGGUACCAGCUCGUGUAGCACCAUCUUUAUCCUUUGAAGCACAUUGCUGAGUGGUGCCUGAAAAUUGUGUCUGUCCGUGUCUCUCUCACACUCGAAUCCACAUCCUUUGAACAAAUAGCAUGCUAUAUGUAGGGCUAACAGUGAACUUUACAGUCUUUUUUUCAACAUUUUUGUUAACAAAGGUAAACAUGGACAGAACACACUGCCACUUCUGGGAAGAAUAAAGAUCUUAACAAGAAUUUUAAUGGUUCUUAAUGUGGGAAUU